CUCACAAACUACAAGUCCUUUUGCAACUUUUGGUUCCUGGAACAUGACGUCAUUCAAAUCUUCAAUAAUGGCAGAUGAGAGGAAGCAAAAUCCGGUUCCCAAGUUUCUGUCACCUGUUAAACUCGAAUAUGUGAAGCUUGGGUACCACUACUUAAUCUCCAACGCCAUGUACCUCUUGCUUGUGCCGCUUCUUGGCAUAGCUUCAGCUCAUAUUUCAACAUUCACCCUCCAAGAUUUCGUCCAGCUACGGCAAACCCUAGAGUUUGAUCUUGUUUCGGUGACUCUAUGCUCAAGCCUGUUGGUUUUCCUGGGCACCCUUUAUUUCACGAGCCGUCCAAGAAAAGUUUACUUGGUAGACUUUGCGUGUUACAAGCCUGAAAAGGAGAGAAUGUGCUCUAGGGAGAGUUUCAUUGAAAUAUUUCGUAAAAGUGGGAUUUUCUCAGAGGAAAACUUAGCCUUUAAAAAGAAGAUUUUGGAAAGGUCCGGGUUGGGCCAGCAGACCUACUUGCCGAAUUCCCUCACGGGAGUCCCAAUGAAUCCGACCAUGGCCGAGGCCAGGAAGGAGAUUGAGGCUGUGAUGUUCGGAGCCAUUGAUGAGCUGUUGGAAAAGACCCGAGUGAAGACUAAAGAUAUAGGGAUUCUUGUGGUGAACUGUGGCGCUUUCAGUCCAACCCCGUCCCUCUCCGCCAUGAUUGUGAAUCACUACAAGCUCAGGGCGAACAUUUUAACCUACAAUCUUGCUGGUAUGGGUUGCAGUGCUGGGAUUAUUUCUGUAGACCUUGCUAAAAGGUUACUACAGGUGCAACCCAACUCCUAUGCCUUAGUAGCCAGCACGGAGAACAUGACUCUCAACUGUUACUUCGGAAACGAUCGGUCAAUGCUAGUCUCAAACUGCCUCUUCCGCAUGGGUGGGGCAGCGGUCCUCCUAUCAAACCAAUCCUCCGAUCGCCGUCGCUCAAAGUAUCAACUCAUGCGCACCGUGCGUACCCACAAGGGUGCCGAUGAUAAGUCCUACAACUGCGUCUUACAAAGAGAGGAUGACAAUGGAAAAAUUGGUGUCUCCCUCUCAAAGGACUUGGUGAGAGUCGCUGGAGAAGCCCUCAAAACCAACAUCACCACGCUGGGGCCAUUAGUCCUUCCCAUGUCGGAAAAAGUUGUAUUUUUGGCAUCUUUGGUGGGAAGGAAAUUCCUUAAGAUGAAGAUAAAAGCCUAUGUUCCAGAUUUUAAGCUAGCUUUCGAGCACUUCUGCAUUCAUGCAGGAGGGAGAGCAGUGCUAGAUGAGCUACAGAAGAGCCUUGAGCUCACUGAUCGGCAAAUGGAGCCCUCAAGGAUGACUCUUUAUAGGUUUGGAAAUACUUCUAGCAGCUCUUUGUGGUAUGAAAUGGCUUACUCGGAGGCCAAAGGGAGGGUCAAGAAGGGUGAUCGGACGUGGCAGAUUGCUUUCGGUUCGGGAUUCAAGUGUAACAGUGCUGUGUGGCGAGCACUAAAGACCAUCGAUCCAACUAAGGAGAAGAAUCCUUGGACGGAUGAGAUUCACGAGUUUCCAGUUCAUGUGCCGAAAGUGGUAUCCAUCAAUAAUGUUUCUUGAAAAUUUCUUGGUGACAUAUAUCCGUUGCUUCUUGAGAGAUUCGUUCUUAUGAUCUCUAGCCUAGAGGUAAUGGCCAUGGGGAAUUUAUGUCUAAAAGUUUCCAAGUUUUUAUGCUUACCUUAAUAAUGUAACAUCCCCAAAAACAAUUAAUUGGUAUAAUUAUAUAUAAG